GUGUACAAAUUAAGAAUUGAGAAUAAAAUAAGUGGUGAUUUUUGGUAUGUAUUUCGAAGGUAUACAGAUUUUGUACGGAUGUGUAAUAGAUUAAGAAAUAGACAUCCGCAAAUAAUGCAGCAUUUGCCUAGAAAAAGAUGGCUGAAAAAUAAUUUUGAUCCCAUAUUUCUUGAAGAAAGAAUUAAUGGACUUCAAACGCUAAUAAAUGCAAUAAUAAAUUUGCCAGAUGUAUUUGCUUUACAAGAAAUUCAAGAUUUUUUUUGUCUUAAUGAGCCACCCAUCUAUUCUGAAACGAAUGAAGAGUCACGGGCAAUGUUUGAGGCAAUGGAGGAAACCAUAAAUAAUUUAAAACAACAGUUACAUGAAAAGGAAUCUUUAAUAGACUCUUUACAAACAAAUCUGAAUUUACAAAUCAUAGAAAAUGACAACUUAAGGAAACAAAUUGGGAAUACAGUGAAUUGCUCCAAAUGUAAAAAGGCAUCUGAAGAUUUUAAUCACCUUAUAAAAUGACACUACUUGUUUUCGAUAAAUCAGCAACUAUUUUUAAAUUUUAUAAUAUUGUUCCAAUGCCUUACAAAUAUAAGUUUAUAUUACAA